UUUGGGAAAACAUUGGAAGGAAACGUACAAGUGAGUAAAGCGAGUAUGGUAUGUACAAGUAUACAAAGCGACAGAUAACAUAACGUCAGUUCCACGUCGGAGUUGGAGCCGUACAUCGGCGAAGAGAUGCCAGUCAGACAAUGGAUGGAAACGGUACCGACACCGACGCUUCACCCACUUGUACUCUCUCUCUCUAUUUAUCUUUCCCCCAAAAAUUUCACCGAUAAACAAACCCUAGAUGGGCGACGAGUUAGCUUUGAUCAAUUCUCCGUCUCCGGUCGCGUCAGCCGGAGGAAACCAUCCUAAUUCAUCUCGUCCGCUCCCUUUCCGUGAGGAUUGUUGGAGCGAGGAUGCGACGUCGACUCUCGUCGACGCUUGGGGCCGCCGUUACCUUGAGCUCAACCGUGGUAACCUCCGUCAAAAGGAUUGGCAGGAGGUCGCCGAUUCCGUCAACGCCCGUCAUGGCCAUACCAAGAAAACAAGGCGUACAGACGUUCAGUGCAAAAAUCGGAUCGACACUCUGAAGAAGAAGUAUAAGGUUGAGAAAGCUAGGGUUUCGGAAUCCAAUGGCCAAAUUACCAGUUCAUGGCCGUUUUACUCUCGCCUGGACUCGUUAAUCGGAUCCGCUGCAACCGCGAAGAAAUCUUCAUCGUCAUCACCGCCGACGGCCGUUCCAUUACCCUACCGGAAACCUCCUUCGACGGUAUUGUCUUCUCAAUUUCCCCAGCCUCUCGCGGUUCUCCCUCAGAAACGACCGCUUCCGGUGGCUGCGGCCGUGGAUGACUCGUAUUUUCGGAGGAAUUACUCGGCUGUUGCUGCCGCUGCUGCAGCCGCGGAGGAGGAUGGAUCAGAGGAUGAUGAGUCUCUGGGGACGAGCGACGAAGAAGGUGGUGCGGGUGGGGAAGGAGUGAGGAAGGAAGGAGGAGGGGAUUCCGAGUGCAUGAAGCGGUUGGCAAGGGCUAUUGAGAGAUUCGGAGAGAUAUACGAGAGGGUCGAGGGAGAGAAACAGAAACAGAUGAUUGAAUUGGAGAAACAGAGGAUGCAAUUCACCAAAGAUUUGGAAGUUCAGAGGAUGCAAUUGUUCAUGGAUACACAGGUUCAGCUGGAGAAGAUAAAGCAAGCAAAGAGGACAGUUUCUGAUGAUGAUGUUUACAGUUAACCUCCCUGUUUUGCCAUGCGUUAAGAAAAAGGUUAGCUUUGCAUCUGAUGGUGUUUAUCGUUGAGUGAUGAUUCUGACUGACAAUGGUGAGCAUUACCUAUUUGCGUUUCUCCCAUUUAUGCAUGCUGAAAAAAGAAAGUAUAUAUAAACAUAAUAUCUUGAUGAUUUCCAUGGAAGAGGAAGAGGAUGCUUUUAACUGUAAGAGUAAUUAUUAUUAGAUAAGAGUAUGAAUGUUGUAGUUACUUCUAUUCAAUGUCUUUGCCUUAGAAAAACAAUUUGGUGGUAGACCAUGAUAAUUGAUACUCUUUCUUGAACAA